AUGCAAAAAAAAGAAGAAAAGUAUGAUAAGUUUAAAUUGUCUCUAAAAAAAAGUAUAAAGAAACAAUUAAAAAAGAUUAACUUAGUUAUAUACAAAAUGUUAGAAAAGAUAUUCGAUGGUGAUAAGUGGUAUAGAGUAUUUUAUUAUAUAUAUAGGGUAACCUUAAUAAAAAUAAUUUUCGAAAAAUUAGACAAAGCGUAUGAUAAAGCUGAAGAUUCUAUAAUAGAAAAUGAAACGGGAGGUUAUGCUUUUUUAUUUUCAAGCUUGGUAGGAGCAAUAGUAUUAUUAUAUUAUGCUUCGACCUUAGCUAUAUCUAGUAUUCCUGUAGCAUAUAUAAUUCUUCUAAUUUUUUUAUCGGGAUUUGUUUUAGGAGCAAUAGGUUCUAUAUAUUUUAUAAUUACUGAAAAAGGUCCAUAUGCUAAAAGGAAAAGAUCCAAAAGAAUGGCUUUAAUAAAAUCAUUAUAUGAAAAUGAUGAAGAAAAUAAAUUAGAUAAUUCUGAGUAA